GUUCUCACGGACUCAUAGGUAUUGGCAACAAGCCCAAACGCAGUAACAAACAACUCGUACGCGUUUUUCCAUUUCUCAAAUUUAACAAAAAUGUCUUUGCCCUUCAAGGUUCUCACUUUUGACCCCAAGGAUACGUCCAAAAAGAUUGACGGUGCUGCCAUCAUUGUUCUACAAGAAUGGUGGGGCAUUAACGACACGAUCAAGCAGCAUGCCCAGCGCAUUGCCAACAACACUGGAGCAAGAACUGUUUUGCCUGACUUGUACAAGGGAAAGAUUGGUUUGACUGCCGAGGAAGCUAGCCAUUUGAUGACCAACUUGGACUGGACUGUGGCGAUCAAUGAACUUGAAACCUUGGCCAAGUCGUUGAAUGCUGAAGGUUAUACCAAACUCGGUGCCAUUGGAUUCUGCAUGGGCGGCGGUCUUUCACUCGCCUUGGCUACCCAAUUGACUAGCCCUCCUUUGAAGGCUGCAGUGACCUGCUACGGCACUACACCCGAUAACUUUGAUGUUACCAAGAUCACGAGCGCCACCGCUAUCCAGGGUCACUUUGGUGGCAAGGAUACCAUGGAAGGUUUCAGCGAUCCUGCUGCUGCAAACAAGUUGGAAGUCAAUUUGAAGAGUGCAUCCGACGUCAACAUUUACCGUUAUCCCGAACAAGGCCAUGCUUUCUUGAACGAUGACGACUGGAGUAUUGAGAAGCGCAAGGAGUUGGGCUUCGUUGAUAAGAACAUUGAGCCCAGAUCGCAAGAACAGGCGAUCCGUGAUGAAGCCUGGAGCAGAAUCUACACUUACUUGAUCAAGCACCUUGCGUAAGUGUAUCAUACAAAAGCUUGACGAUGCUCCACUUGAAGCCACAAGUCUCGUAUUAUAAGAGGGGAGGAGAGUGGAUAAGCAAGAUAACAAAAUAAACAAAAAGUCAGGACAUACCCAAUUGAAUUUCUUUCGCAGUAACCAAUCCCUCUUACCUCUUUUUCUGUUUACUAAAACGUUAUAGUGUCUCAUCUCCACGUUUGUAAAUGUUGUGUCCAGUUGCUAUAUUCGCCCUAUUUGCCCCAGUUUAUAAAUUAUUUUUUCCCAUCCACAAAAGAUAAACAUGCCGAUACGAUAACGUCAAAUUGCGUCGCUUUAGUGACCCGCGUAUGUAAUCAACAGGGGUGCUUUGGGAAAACGUGGGGGCAAUUUGGAAUAAGAGGUGGC